GCAUUGAUCCCUGCCCUGGCUGGUGGGUGGUUUCUGGCUGCUCUUCUGAGCACCGCGGCUGUGCCGGGACCAGCAGGACCGUCCCCGCGGCUGCAGCAGCACCAGCCCAGCUCGGGGACGGCGACUACAGGCAAGAAGGAUGCUCGCACCGUGCCAGGACCGCCCCUGCGCCGGAUGCGCGGCCCUGCGUGCCGGGGCCCAGGCGCAGAGCCGCACUGCGGGCUCGGCUGGACACGGCAGCAAUGUUCCAGGUAAGCUGCAGCCCAGCCGCAUCCUCUGGCCCUGCUGCGUGCCGGGCUCCCGGGGGCCUAGCGCGGGGCCGACGCCCUGUCCUGGCUCCAGCUGCUCUCUCCCAGUGCUGAGCGCCACCAUGGGGUAUCGUGGGGGCUGGUCGGGUGCUUCUUUCACCCACGUGUUGCUGCUGCUCGGCCUCCCAGCGCUCUGCUCAGCAGGACCUGGGGAGCCAGGCCCCACCAUCGAUGGACAGGCACUGGCAGUGUGCACACUGCGGGAGGAGGAGAGCCGUACCUUCACCUGCCGGGCCCCUCAGCUGGCCCCCGGCACUGCGCUGGUGUGGUACCUUGACGGUCGGAAGCAGGAGGUGAACUGCUCGGCCGCAGGCACUGCCAGCACCCUCACCCUCACCGCCCAGCGCACUGACCGCGAGCUCAACUGCUCCCUGACGGACCCAACCUCCGGGCAGACCCACAACGCCUCCGUCCUCCUCGAUGUGCAGUAUAAACCGGAGAUCUUGCAAGCAGAUGCCCACUACCAGGAUGCUGAGGGCACUGGGCUCCUCCUGGUGCUCUCUGUGCUGGUGCGAGCCAAUCCCCCUGUCAGCACUGCUUGGGUGUGCCAGAAUGGGCAUGUGAUGGCCAAUGCCUCCCAGUUCCUCCUCCUGGGCACCACGCCCUACCCAGGGCUGGCCAACCACUCGCUCCACAUCCACCUCAGCAGUGUGGCUGGCAACUUGUCUGUCAGUGCUGCCAACAGUGUGGGAGUCACCACCACUUCCAUCCUGCCCCCAGGUCUGUUGGACACCCAUGUGGAGCUGCCUUUGCUGGGUGUUGCCAUUGGAGCAGCCCUGGCCCUUGGUGCCCUGCUCAGCCUGGGCUCUUGUGCUGCCUGCCUGGCGUGUCGCCAGGCGAAGCUGGAGCCAGGCGUGGGGCCAGCCGGAGGGAGCAGCCCCCUCAGCCGCUGCUCCCGUUGCAGCAGCCCUGAGCACCUGCAGCCCCGGGGCAUAGGUCCACUCCGCCAGACCCAGUCCCUGCCACCCAACCUGCGCCUCGGUGACCUCACACAGGAGGCUGGAGUUUCUCCCAAGGAUGCAGGAGCCGGUACCAGGGGAGAGGAGAGAGCCGUGCCAGCGCUGGAGAACUCCCUGGUCCCCAACAAGCUCGGUUUUGUCCAGCUCCCCACGUCCGGGCGCAUCUACAAAGUGCCCAGUGCGAGCAGCGAUGAGAUCUGGCUGUGAGAUGCGGUGCAGUGCCCAUGAGCCAGGGCUGCCCAGCACCAGGGAUGUACUAGCCCCGGAGAAGCGCAGCCAAGGGUGCAGGAGAGGCUGCACUGGGCACCCACCAGCCCCCAGCUGUAGAUUAAGGUCACAGCUCAUCUCGGCAGUUGGGAGGCCCACCUGGAACAGACAGGGCUGUCAGCUUGGAGAGCAUGCAUGGAUCUUGCAACAAGCACAGAGGCCACCUGGGCAGCAGCCAGGAAUUUGGGCAUGAGGCUGCUCCCUGCCUUCUGUUAAGUGAGGAAUGGUAAGAAGAAACAAAGCUGAGUGGGUCAGGCUGCAGGCAAAGAGCUCAAAACAGGGCAGGAACCCAGCUUUCCUGGAAGAUGGUUUCUAACACAGCACACUGAGCCAGCCACUUAUCACUGGGACAACGUACUUUUCCCAAGAGCUCCUCGAAUUCUGGUGACCAUUCCUGCAUCAGGCUCUCGAUGUCAGGCAUUGGCCUGCCAGGGAAGAAAAGGACAUAAAAGUCAGGAUCACAUGCAACUGAAAUGGCUUCAUCCUGGCAGAUGGCUGUGGAGGGGGCAGCCCCCCCUGUACAUGUGCUGAGGGUCAAUGUGGGCAUUUUUUUUUUAAUUAAAACAAGCCUGAUCUUGUUAAA